AUGUCUGGCACCUCUGGCAAUAGCUACCUGGCCCAGCAGUUCCAGGUGAUCAACAUCUACAGCAACAGCAACAGCAACAGCAUCAGCCAAAUCAACAACACCAAAGCCAACAACAGCAAAACGCCAGCCGGACUCCCCAGCGCCAAAAACCGUGUCGAGACCCCCAUCCACCCUCCUCCGACCCCGCCCCAGCGAUCUGCUCAGCAACAACAGCAGCCGCAGCAACAACCACAGCAACAAGCGCAACAACAUCAUCAACCCCAGCAACAACAGCUACCAAACCUCUUCGCACCUCAUACCCAAUCACAGUUGCAACAGUUGGCUCUCCAGACCUCCGCACCCCUCUACCACCAGAUCCUACCUACCCAGAAACCUCGAACUCCUGAAGAGAUCCUACGUGACCAGCAGCUGUCCGGCAAUGCGUACUGGGGUGCCCAGGCAAACUAUCCAAACCAACACCAAUGGCUUCAGAAUGCCAAGUCUCCCGAGGCCGACGGGCAGCAACAAUAUCAACCACCACAAGUCCAGCAACAGCAACAACAGCAGCAACAGCAACAUCAACAACAAGCCCAACAACAGCUGAACUCGGGUCUAGGGGCAGCCCAGUUCAACCCACCGCAGAAGAACUUGACACCUGAGCAGCAGGCAUGGCUGGAGAAGAAAGCACAGGAGCGGGAACAGCAGCGCGCUGAACAAAAGGCCAAGUCCAAGGCUCAACGCAGCAAAGGACUGACUUCCCAGCAAUUCCAUCAACUGCAGCAAGAGCAACAACAAAACAAAUUCUACGCGCAUAACCCGCUGACGGCCUUCCAAGUUCACCAACAACAGCAGCAGCAACAGCAUCAAGAGCAAGGGGCCGCCAAUGGCACCCCAGACGAGACAAUGCUUGACGAGGAGGAGGAGGAGGAACAGGAAGAGGAGGACGAAGACCAAGAGGACCAGACCAUGAAUGAUGUCAGCUCGAACAACGACACGCCCCAGCCCAACGGCGGCAGCGACGGAACCGCUAACACAGCGGAUGGCCAAAACCAAAUUCCGGACGCGAACGGAAACUUGCCCGGUUCAGCUGGUUACAUAGCUCCUCUCGUGCAGCCCAUUACGCCGCUCCGUUUACCGUCUGUUCGUCCUAACCUGAUGCUCGGCCCUUACGACACGCGCGAGCAAGCCAUGAGCUCGGUGAUGGAAUACGCCAUCAGCCAGGGUUACAUGCUCGUGCAAUCCGGGUGCGCCAAAGCCAAGAACCCAGGCGGCAAGUAUGCCAAGGGGUCCGAGGUGGUGCGGGUAGACCUGAUGUGCGACCGCGGCGGCACGUGCAAGAACAGUGGCACGGGUAUUCGCAAGCGACCGACGCACAAGAUCGGGUGUCCGGCCAAGAUGAAGCUGGUGUGCAAGAAGCGGCACGCGAGCAAGUGGUUUAUCGAGGUGCGGUGCGAGGAGCACAACCACGAUUUGUGUCCCGACAACAUGGAUUCGAUUGCUAGUUACCGACGGUAUCGGCGUUUGCAGUCGGGCGGGCGCGCGCUGGAGACGCAGUCGGAGCGGUACGCGAGGAUGAAGAAGCCCAAGGUUAUCCCCCCGGUGCCGCCGCCAAAGUUCCAUCAGGUCGGAAGCGGGGGUAUGGUGGGCAACCCCGUGUUCCCGCUGGGACCGCCAUCGGGGCCGUUGCAUAUGGCGGCGAUGAAGGGGCAGAACAAGAUCUUGGAGAUCCUGAUUAAUAAGGGAGGCGAUAUCAAUGCGCAUGAUACCACGGGACGGACGCCGCUGCAUUGUGCUAUUGAGGGCGAAAGGAUGGAUACGGUCACGUUGUUGGUUAAUAAGGGUGCCGAUGUGACCAAGUUGGAUUCGAAGGGGACGAGUCCAUUGCAUGCGGCCGUGUCGAAGGGUAUGGAGGAUGCUGUCGUCUUGUUUAUUGAGAAGGGGGCGGAUCCGAACCGGUAG